AUGGCGGACCAAAUGUCACAAAUGGAAUGCAGCAUAGAAGCCAUCAUCAACAUCUUCCACCAGUACUCCGUACGACUAGGGCACCCGGACACCCUGAUGCAGAAAGAAUUCAAACAGCUGGUGAAAAAAGAGCUGCCAAACUUUCUCAAGAAGCAGAAGAAGGAUGACAAACUCAUCAACGAUAUCAUGGAGGACCUGGACACAAACCAGGACAAGCAGCUGAGCUUCGAGGAGUUCAUUAUGCUGGUGGCCAAGCUGACGGUAGCCUCCCACGAGGAGAUGCACAAGACCGCACCCCCAGGAGAAGGCCACAGGCACGGGCCAGGCUUCGGGCAGGGUGGCUCGGGCCCAUGCCCCAGCCAGGGUGGCCCCGGCCACAGCCACGGAGGUCACGGCCACGGCCACAGCCACGGUGGUCACGGCCACAGCCACUAA